UUAGAAUGGUAAAAUGGAAAUAACGAAAGGAACAAAUCCUGCUGGAAAUCAAUGUCAGUCCAAGUCACAAGUUACUGCGAUUAUUAUAGGAGCUGGUGUCAGAGGAUGUGUUUACGCAGAUCAUGCUCUCGAUAGGCCAGAUGAGUUUAAGAUUGUUGGUGUAGCAGAACCUCGACUUAUAUCCAGAACUGCAAUUGCGGGGGCUCAUAAUAUUUCUUCUGAAAAUGUAUUUAAGGAUUGGAGUCAUGCAGCAGAAAAAGAAAAAUUUGCAGAUUGUGUAAUAAUUUCGACGAUGAAUCAUCAUCACAAGGACCCUGCAAUUGCGUUUGCCAGGAAAGGAUAUCACAUUCUGUUGGAAAAACCUAUGGCGUUGACCGAAAAAGAUUGCAAGGAUGUUGUCAGGGAGUGUAAAGAAAGUGGAGUCAUAUUUGCAGUCUGUCAUGUCCUACGUUACCAACCCCAAGUUGCCAAGAUGAAAGAGAUCAUCUCUUCAGGGCAACUCGGUGAUGUUAUUAACAUUCAAUACUUAGAGCCUCAAGGAUAUUGGUGGUACCCGCACUCGUUUGUCCGUGGAAAUCGCAGUAAUUAUGAUGAUGGGUUCCUGCUCCUCCAAGCGUGUUGUCAUGACGUCGAUAUUAUCUGUUAUUUGAUGGAUGAUCGCAAAUGCCAACGUGUAUCAUCCUUUGGAAGUCUGAUGUAUUUCAAUAAGAAAAACAAGCCUUCUAGGUCAGGUGAUAGGUGUGACAAUUGUGAAAUAGAGACGUCUUGUGCCUUUUCCUCAAAGAAGAUUUAUAUGGAUUCUUUCAAAAAGGGUAACCGAGGUUUCCCAGUAAACCAAGUGACUGAAAUAAUGGACGUGGAAUCCCUAACUGACAGUUUGAGAACUGGGCCUUAUGGCAGGUGUGUGUAUUCGUGUGAUAACAACCAACCAGAUAACCAGGUUGUUAUGUUUCAAUAUGAGAAUGGUUCCACUGCAUCACUUACUUACAUCGGUAUGUCAGAGAAAGUGGUGGAUCGGCAGGUUCGAGUAUUUGGAACAAAGGGUGAAUUACGUUGCAAUAUCAGUGGUUCUAUUCGCACAUAUGAUUUUUUGACUCAGAAAGAAGAAAUAUAUGAGCCACCGGCACCACCGGAAAAUACAAGAUUGACGCAAUUUUUCGGAGCAGAUUUCUACAUGAUGCAGAGCUUUGUUAAUGCUGUCAAGAAUAAUGAUCCUUCUUUGAUACUGACGGGCCCAGAUGACAGCCUACAGAGCCAUCUAUUAGUGUUUGCUGCAGAACGGGCAAGGUUAACUGGGACAGUGGUGGAAUUAUAA